UCGGAAAAAAUAUAUUUAUUUUGGGGGGCAUUAGUUUCACUCGCUUUCUCUCUGUAUCUCAGUUUCUGCUUUGUUUCCAUUCCAUGUGCAAUCUUAUUUCAUAACACUGCAUCCUCUCUCUCUCUUUCUCUCACUUCCUCAAAGAUUCACGGGUUGCUCUUUUUUUCGUGAUCGGGAGAAAUAAGAGUACCAAAUAAGUUUGCUGGAGACCAUAGUGAAUUACUUUGAGCUCAAUCUCAUCAUCUCCUUUUUCUGGUGUGGGGACAGAAUAAUAAAACAUAGCAGAGUUAUGGAGGUGGAUUUAUCUUGAAGAGCCCAGUUUUAUCUUCCAAUAAAAGCAAUGGUUGCAGAAUCAUGGUUUCGUAAUCUGUGGAAAGCUCCUCGGAAGCAUGAUGCUAAUUCCGAGAAGGUGGUCAUUGAAGUAUUAGCAUUUGAAAUAGCAAGUUUGAUGUCAAAGGUAGUUAAUUUAUGGCAGUCUCUGAGUGAUAAACAGAUUGUUAAAUUAAGGGAGGAAAUCACAAACUCGGUGGGCAUAAGAAAGCUUGUCUCAGAUGAUGAUCAUUUCAUUGAACGUUUAAUCUGUUUGGAGACACUUGAGAAUUUGGCACAUGUUGCGGAGUUUGUGGCCAGGCUUGCUAAGAAAUGCAGCGAACCAAUUUUGAAAGGUUUUGGAAAUGCCUUUUACGAAUUUAUCAGUACAGGCAUUGAUCCAUAUGGGUGGGAAUUCACCGGCAAGAAGAUGGAAAAAAAGAUUAAAAGGAUGGAAAAGUUUAUAUCAACUAAUGCAAGUUUGUAUCAAGAGAUGGAAGUGCUUGCUGAUCUUGAGCAAACUUUUACAAGAGUGAAGGCUCAUGGUGAAUCAGAUGGUGUAACUUUAAUGGAAUACCAGAAGAAGGUUGCAAUGAAGAGGCAGGAGGUAAAGCACUUGCAGGAUAUUUCUUUGUGGAACAGGACAUAUGAUUACACAAUACUUCUUUUAGCAAGGUCGUUAUUCACAAUAUUCUGUAAGAUCAACCGUGUAUUUGGAAUUCAAGAGAUGGUUGGUGUUGGUGGAACCAAUAAUUCAAGUGUCCUGAACACAGAUUUCAUUUAUAGAAGUCAAUCAGUUUCCACAUUAUUGCAAUCUUCUUACAACCCAUCACAGAAUAGUAUUGCCAGAUUUUCUUCAGGACCCCUUAAUGCUAUUACCGCCAGAUCAGGUCCAAUUGGUAGAACAACAAAUAAAGCAAAUGUUUCUAAUUCUGGUCCUCUUGGUGACUCUUCCACUAAGUCAGGCCCGAUUUCAGGAAAGUAUACAAGUGUCAAUUUUUACUCAGGUCCUCUUGGAAGGAAAUCGAAUCAAUCAAUACCUGUUACUGGAAGAAGUAAAAAGAACAAGAUUUGGAGGUUUUAUGGGAAGGAAGCUCCCACAAGACCCAAUAGACUGACUCAAGUAGGACCUUUCAAAGGGUGUAUGGCUUGGGACAAUGCCCUAUUCACUGACUGCCAGUCAAGUACAAAUGGUGUUCAUCAUGGAAUUCAGAAUCCCAAAGAUGUUAAUUCAAUUCCUCUUGGCACUGGAAAAGUUGUUCAUCAUACUCAAUCGGUGUUCAAACCUCUCCGCAAGCUAUUGAAUCCUCCACCAGACACACUGGGUGCUGCUGCUCUGGCACUGCACUAUGCAAAUGUUAUCAUUGUGAUUGAGAAACUGGCAGCUUCUUCACACUUGAUUGGUCUGGAUGCAAGAGAUGACCUGUACAAUAUGUUACCGGUACGUGUCAGAGCUGCCCUUAAGACCAAGUUAAAGCCAUUUACCAAGACCAUAGCUUCAUCAUCAUCGAUCUAUGACCCAAGUCUAGCAGAAGAAUGGAAUGAUGCAAUGUCAAGCAUACUGGAAUGGCUGGCACCACUUGCUCAUAACAUGAUAAGAUGGCAGUCUGAGAGAAGUUAUGAGCAGCAGAGCUUUGUUUCCCGGACAAAUGUGCUGCUGGUACAGACCCUUUACUUUGCAAAUCAAGAUAAGACAGAAGAAGUAAUCACUGAGCUUCUUGUUGGUCUCAAUUAUGUCUGGAAAUAUGGUAGAGAGCUUAAUGCAAAAGCUCUGGCAGAGUGUGGCAGUUUUAGGGUAGAUAGUGAAUAUCCUACUCUGAAUGGAUGAAUGAUCUGUAUCAAGGUUGUGGCCAUUUCUCCUACAGGAGUCCAGUUCCUUGCCAGGGAUGAGGACUAGCAGGAAUAGCAAUCAUCACUCUUGUUAAAUCAACAAAUGUGAAUCUAAUGCUAGAUGAAGUAUGAGAGAAAUACCUAUGUAUUCAUUAUUGUGAAAAUUUAGUAUCAAAAUGCGUACCUGGUGAGGAAUUUUUUCAAUCAUUCAUCGUUAAUUUUCUUGGAUGAGUUACGAGCUGCUAGAACUUGGUUGGCUUGUCUCAUCUUUGCAAUGUUGGCCUUCUUUCUUCCUUGAUGAGUUCCUACUUCUUACGUGAUGUUUAGGGUGUUGAUAUUUAUGAACAUUAUUACAUAUUAAAUUGUAUAGUGAAUGGGGUUAUUCUGCAA